AGAUAAAUGGGCAGUGUGCGGCGUUUGUGUCUCCUUGCUGUACAAGACCAACUCUUUGGGUUGGAAGUCAACUUGUGUGAUCUUGGAGGCCCCCAGCUUCUGCAUCCUCCGCCUGGUUCACAGAGAAAGAUGACAUACCCGAGCUCGGAAUCUGACUCAAGCUGCAACACGGAGGGGUCUGUGUCCCACUGCAAGGUCCUGACAUCACCAACAGAGGGGGUAAAAGAGCAUACAUGUCAUCAACAAGCUAUAAUUGGGAUUAAAAAAAAACAAAACGUCACGGAUAAAUCAUUUAAAAAAAUAAUCGCCACCAUUAUUGUGUUGUACAACCUGUACAAUUCAUCCGAGGAUGGAAAAAAAUGUGAAGUAAAAAUAAACAACUGAGAUAAAGUAGUUGCAUAAGUGUACACACCCUCUUAUGACACGCUGCCUGUUGAGAAUUAAGAAGUCACAUUCAAACUCAUGUUCAGCGGCAGUCAGCACAAACCUGCCGCCAUUCCGGGUGUUUCUGAUUCACCCCAAAGAGAAUUUAGUUGUUCUUGUAGCCUUUUUCUGACCUUUCCACAUUUGUGACAGGCUUCGGCUCACCUGACAUGGCUUAUAUAGGUUAUAGAUCACACGGUGCAAAAGGUUUUGAAAGGUUUUAUCUUCACAAUUUUUAUAUCACAAAAAAAUGGUUCUUGAAACGACGAGACUUUUAAUACCCCCUUUUAUAAUUGACUUAUCCGCCUUCAAGGUCAACAUCAAAUCCAUCUUUGAUUGGCGUGAACAUGUUUGACAGAUAUGAUGAACCCCCCUGCCAUGAAUGAUGAUCAUGAGAAAAGCUGCAGAGGAGUCUUUCAUACCGAAGCAAAUACAAAGUUACUUGUGUGAAGGCAAGCCGGCGCUGAGACCUUCCAUUUUUAUGAAACGCAACACUUCUUGUUUUGAUGAUACCUUUCAGGGCCACUGAGUGCACCCAUCAGACCUUCAGCCUGUGCCAUUUCAUUAACCUGCCAGAAUGGCUGUUUUUACACUAUCCGUGAAGACACAGACUGUCAAUUCCCGAUAAGGCUCAAGCGUCGGCGAUCUUUACAAAUUGAGGAAGACAUCGGGGCUGGAGAAAAAAAGUCACGAGCAAAAUGCGAAGGAAUGAAAAGGGAAAACUGUCAACCGCUGUGUUUUGAUCCGAUAAAUGAUGAUUGCCACACGAUAGGUGGAUUCCUGUUGGUGCCCGUGGCUGUCGAGGGAUUUGCUUACCUUGAGCGUUGUACCUCCGACAAGCCUGACCUAUGAAGUGGAACACAAGCACACACAGCCACAAAUGGAGAUGCUCAAAACGACGGCACUGUUGUCCAGGAGGGGUCGUGGGACUGGAGCAUGCUGUCAUUAAAUCGAUCAAGGAGGUCCAGACCUAAAGAAGGCUCGGGUGAAAUGCCGAUACUCUGCAGCAGGGCCUCCGUCUCUCGGCGCUUGCGGUCCAAGUCUGAGUCCUCUGAAGUCGCCUCCGUCUUCUGUUGGCUCUCUGCCUGCACAGGAGAAUCCAAAAAUAAAUUCAAAGGUGCAGACAAAAAGCGGCAAACUGGAGUGUGUUGAGGGAAGGGGCGUUCGUGUCAAUUGGGCUCUUUCGGGACAGCAACAAUGAAGUUCGCACAGUUUCUCAUGAAAAACAGCUCAGUGGCCGGAAUACCGAAGCAAGUGGAGAGGUUUUCAAAGUUCUCCCCGUCGCCUUUGUCGAUGAAGCAAUUCAUUGACUUCGGCUCUGCCAAUGCAUGUGAGAAGACCUCGUUUGUGUUCCUGAGGCAGGAGCUCCCUGUAAGGCUGGCUAACAUCAUGAAGGAAAUUGAUUUUCUCCCGGACAAGCUCCUCGGCACUCCUUCUCUGAAGCUCCUCACAAGUUGGUAUUCACAGAGUUUGUUGGAGCUAGUGGAAUUUUUAGAGAAAGAUCCAGACGAUAAGGACAUCCUGACAGGCUUCACGCAAACUCUGAUUAAAGUCCGCAAUCGACACAACAACGUGGUGCCCACAAUGGCUCAGGGCGUGGUGGAGUUCAAGGAGGCCUUUGGCGUGGAUCCCGUGACCAACCAGAACGUGCAGUACUUUCUGGACCGCUUCUACAUGAGUCGCAUCUCCACGCGAAUGCUCAUGAACCAGCACACAUUAAUCUUCGACGGCAGCGUCAACCCGGCACACCCCAAGCAUAUCGGGAGCAUUGAUCCAACUUGUGAUGUCGUGGAGGUCGUAAAAGAUGCCUAUGAAACAUCCAAGAUGCUGUGUGAGCAGUAUUACCUCACCUCACCAGAUAUGGAAGUCACACAAGUCAACUCCAAAAGCCCAGACCAGCCCCUUCACAUCGUUUAUGUGCCAUCGCAUCUUUACCACAUGCUAUUUGAGCUCUUCAAGAAUGCAAUGCGAGCAACAGUCGAAACCCACGAGACGAGCCCAACCUUGCCUGCCAUCAAAGUGCGCGUCUCACUGGGCACAGAGGACCUGACUAUCAAGAUGUCAGACAGAGGAGGUGGAGUCCCCCUGAGGAAGAUUGAGCGGCUCUUCAGCUAUAUGUACUCCACAGCUCCUAGUCCUGUACAUGUAGACAACUCUCGUAACGCACCCCUGGCUGGUUUUGGCUAUGGGCUCCCAAUCUCCCGUCUCUAUGCCAAGUAUUUCCAAGGAGACCUGCAGCUCUACUCUAUGGAGGGCUACGGAACGUCAGCUGUCAUUUACUUAAAGGCGCUGUCCUCCGAGUCGGUGGAGAGGCUCCCCGUGUUCAACAAGUCCGCCCUGCGCCAUUACCUGUCCAGCAGUGAGGCCGAUGACUGGUGCAUGCCCAGCAAGGAGCCAAAGAAACUGGGCAGGAGCGAGAGGAAUCACUGAAGGAGGUAGUGGAGUAAAUAAUGGGGUAGGAGGAGUGGGAGACAAAACUAUUUGGCCAUUUCUGUUCAGAUUAUGACUUGGUGGUUCGGUCCACUUGGUGGAUUUCAACCCGCGUAUCAACGCACUCUUCAAACACUAUUUUGGUAAAUGACUGUUGACCUGCUCAGUUAUUCACCAGCUCGUCAAAGUCAUUUCAAAUUGACAACUGUGGCCAACUCAUCAACAAUCCGAAAGGGAACCUCUGUGCUAUGAUCAUACCGUAUAUUUGUACUCUCAAAAAGGAUUGUAGAUCCUUUCAAGCCCAGUAAAGAACAUAAUACUACUGUACUGGAGUAUUUUAGACGUCUUUGAAUGUAAAGUUGUGGUACUAUGUUUUAGUAUUUUAAUCUCCUGAGUAAAAUGGCAUUUUUGGUCAUAGAAUACCAGCACAUAAGGUGCCAGCUAGCCAAGAUUUUUUGACUGCUGAUUACAAAAAAGGAGUGAGCAUGAAGAUGCGAAUGAAUGUUAAUUUCCAUUAAGGAAGGCCUCGAUGCGCUUGUUUAAAAUGAGCACUGUAAUGCAUGUGAUGUCACAUGUUACCAAUGGAAGUGAAGGAUUGACUUGUUUUUGCAUGCACUCUUUCCUACUGUAGCAACAAGUGUGCCUUCUCGUGACAAAGGGCAAACGUCCUGAUAAAUAUGUCAUGUUAAAUAUUAUAUGCAGGCUGUAGUGAUCUUAGACUUUGCUUCAAUAUCGUUACAGCGUCCCAUUAAAUGUACCAAUGAGCCUUUUCAAAAGGGUUUGGUAGGAUUUCAAACAAAAUGUGUAAUUUCUACAAAACUGUCAUGUUUGCUGGUGUUAUGGUACUACAGUUCAUUUUUAUAAUGAAUUUAUGUCAUAACAAUGGCAAAAAAAAAUCACAUUACCUCUAUAACUGUCAGGCCUGGUUUUUAGCACAUUUUAAGACUGCCUUGUAACUUAACUCAUUCACUCCCAAAGACGUUUUUAAACGUCUAUUCAGACUUGGUCUAGAAUUGGCUGGUACUGAAUGAGUUAACACUUUCUCCUACUAGAUUCUUGUAAAAGCACACCUUUUAAUAAGUGUGGAUAUGUACUGUACAUUUCAUCUUCACCGGAUGUCUGACAUUUCUUAUAUUUCUAUUUCAAAUGUUGGAGUUCACCAAUAACCAGAAAAACUGAAAGGAAGAAAAAGACGACACAAAAAUGUGA